GGAAAAUGAUGGUGAGGUUCAACUAAACCCUAAACCCCCAAAAGCCCUUUCUUUGCCUUCCCGCCGCCGGCAACCGGCCACCGAAGCCGCAAUGGUCUCCGCCGAGUACUCCAUCGACCUCAAGCUCUCUGAGCUUCUCAAGCAAGCGCGGCCGAGCGCUACCUCUCUCCGCGCCGCCGGGGAGGCCACGGACGCCGUCGGGGAGCUCAUCAAGAGCGUGCCGCCGCAGCAGGCUGCGCCGGAGGCUGCCUCGGGGUUCGUGAUAGACCUGGGCCUCGCGGCCGAGAAGCUAGCGUUUUCCUUCCGGCCGCCGGAGGUGGUGCGGCUCGCCGGGAGCCACGCGGCCGGCGCGGUCACCAGACCCGACGUCGCCGCUGACCUUCUCGUCCGCUUGCCUAAGGAAUGCUUUCAUGAAAAGGAUUUCUUGAAUCACCGGUACCAUGCAAAGAGGUGUCUUUACCUCUGCGUCAUCGAGAAGAGCUUGAGGUCUUCUCCUUUAAUCCGUAAGGUUUCAUGGUCUACCUUCCAAGAUGAGGCACGAAAGCCUGUCCUCCAUGUAUAUCCAGAAAUUGCAGAACUUCCUGGGUUCUAUGUCAGGAUAAUCCCAACGGCAAGCUCUUUAUUUGAUCUUUCAAAGCUAAAUCUGUCAACAAGAAACAAUGUCCGUGCAUAUACAAAAGAUGGCAUAAACCAACCGACACCUAGGUAUAAUAACAGCAUAUUGGAGGAUAUGUUUCUGGAGGAAAAUGCAGAAUAUACCGGCAGCACCUUUGCAAAUUGGAAAACCUUGCAAGAGGCAUUGGUUUUACUAAAAGUUUGGGCACGUCAAAGAACUUCAAUAUAUUCACAUGAUUGCCUCAAUGGAUACUUAAUAUCUGCCAUCCUUGUGUUUCUUACCAUGGACUCUGGAGGAAGUAUAAUUAAUAGAUCAAUGACCACAAGACAAAUUUUCCGUGUUGCAAUCAAUUUUUUUGCAACUUCGAAGAUGUGGUCGAAGGGCUUGGUGAUUCAGCCAAUGAAGAAGCGUACUAUCAGCAAAGAGGGCAUUGCUCAUCUGCUGAAAACAUUUGAUGUUGCCAUAUGUGAUGUAUCUGGCCAUGUCAAUCUGGCAUUUCGGAUGACGAAGUCAGCCUUUUCAGAGCUCCAAGAUGAGGCAGCUUGCACACUUAAUUGCCUUGAUAAAUGCAGAGAUGGUGGAUUUGAAGAACUUUUUAUGACCAAAGUUGAUUUUGGUGCUAAGUUUGAUUCAUGUUUGAGGAUUAACUUGAAGGGGAACUCUAAAGUUACUGCAUUAAGCUUCUGCUUGGAUGAUGAAUCAUGGCGAGUACUUGAAAAAGAUGUUCAGUCCUUGCUGCAACAAGGACUUACAGAUAGAACAAAGAUGAUCCGUGUUCUGUGGAGAAGCACACCUUCUGAAUGGAAUAUAAUGGAUGGCUUCUCAGAGUUUGGUAGCAGCCCACUGAUUGUCGGUGUAAUGCUUAGCUUGUUGGAGAAGAGUUAUCGUCUUGUCGAUAUUGGUCCAAAUCCUGAAAAUCAUGAUGAGGCUAUUAAAUUUAGGAAAUUCUGGGGAGAGAAAGCUGAACUUAGGAGAUUUAAAGAUGGGGCUAUUGCUGAAAGCACAGUGUGGGAAACGGAGACUUGGGAGAGGCAUACGAUCAUCAAAAGAAUUGCUGAUUAUGUGCUUACCAAGCAUUUGCUGUUGCAGCAGGAAGAUCUCACUCAUGUUGUUGAUCAGCUUGACUUUUGUCUCUUGGUUGGUGGCCAAGAUCCAGUGUCAUCUUCUGGAGCUUUGCUUGAAGCCUUUGAUACUUUAGCUAAGCAGUUGCGUCUAUUGGAUGAUGUUCCUCUUAAAAUAUCUACUGUGCAACCUCUAGACUCAGCCUUUAGGCACACUUCUGUGUUCCCCCCUGAACCUCAUCCGUUGGCAUAUGAAAAGAGUUCUCAGAGGCUGCCCAAUUUUGCAGCAACUUGUGUUCGGUCUUUGGAAGUCAUGAUUCAGCUAGAGGGAUCUGGUAACUGGCCCUUGGAUCCUGUAGCCAUGGAGAAGACAAAGUCUGCAUUUCUUUUAAGAAUUGGUGAAAGUCUGGAGGAUCGAGGAAUGUUUGUUACAGCCAGUGAAGACGAGGUCAAUGUUCUUACAUCUGGAUAUUCAUUUUUGCUCAAAAUAUUUCAUGAGAGAGGUUUGGUGGUACAAAAGCAAGCUGGAGACAGUAACAUACAAAGUGCUCCAUCAGAAGAUAAGGAGCUCUUUUUUCGUAGUCAGCACUCAAGUAUGAUCAACGGUCUGCAUGGUAUUUACCAAGCGUAUGGGCCGGUUGUGAGGCUAGCAAAAAGGUGGAUUUCCGCACAUCUAUUCUCUUCAUUUAUCUCAGAGGAGGCGGUUGAAUUGGUGGUUGCCUACCUAUUUUUGAGGCCGUUUCCAUUCCAUGCCCCCUCUUCACGGGUUACUGGGUUCCUUAGGUUCUUGCGGUUGCUAUCUAGUUUUGACUGGACCUUUUCACCCAUGAUUGUGGACAUAAAUAAUGACUUCAACCUGAAGGAUGAGAAAGAAAUCAAUGAAAACUUUAUGCUGAGCAGAAGAUCUUAUGAACAAAAUCCUCAUGAUAUAGAGCCUGCAAUGUUUCUGGCUACGUCAUAUGAUAAAUCAUCUGAAGCGUGGACAAAACAAUCACCAAGCAAGUCGGUUCUUAAACGGAUAGCUUCUUACGCUAAAAGCAGCGCUGAGCUGUUAACAAAUCUUAUCAUCCAUGGUCAAUCAGGCCAAUAUACAUGGGAGUGCCUCUUCCGAACACCUUUAAGCAAUUAUGACGCCGUUAUACUCCUCCAUAAAGAGAAGCUUUGCCGUCCUCACCAUGUUCUUUUUCCUGCUGAGAUUCCUAACGGUAAGUUAGUAAUCCAGGGCAAACCAAGCAAUGAUUUCCACCCUUAUAUGCCACUCAGUAAAAGUGUUGUGAGAAGCUUGCAUGACACAAGAGAUAAACUUUUGGUGAAUUUUGACCCUACCGCAUACUUCUUGCGAGACUUGAAGUGUGCAUUCCCUAUGACCUUCAAAUUGUGGCACGAUUCGAUUGGAGGGGACGCAAUUGGUCUUACAUGGGAGAGCUCAAAGAAGCGUGGCAGAGAUGAGGAUGAUGAAGCCAUGCCGGAUCCAACGUCUAUACUCAAGGAGGUUGGAGAUGUGGGUAAAGGGUUGGUGAGGAGUGUACAUCUCCUCAAAGCACCAAAGCUCGAGUGAGCUUUUGCGUGAAGGAGUUUGCUGAUGUGCAGGAGAGGACUCCUGGCUGAUUUUCUACCACUGGCUAGAGAAAGGAAGACCCAGAGCCAGUGGACAACAUGUUCUACAGCAAAGCAAUGUAUAAAGUCGUGACGAUAUCAUGUGGUUGUUGUAACUCCAAUUGGAAGAUCAAGUCAGCAAAAAUCUGUACCCAAAUUUUGAUUCUGAGUUCCAGAGUAGUAUAGCGAUGAAGUUCUAUUUCCUGGUCAUUUCAGAAAAAAAAAGGAAUCAAAAUCGAGCAGCUACUAAACGCAGGGUUACAGGAAAUUUGCAUUUGUCUGCCAAGCAGAAUUCUCAUGUAAAAUUUGUUAUACUCGGAAAUGGCCUAUUUCAUCUGUCUUGUGAAAUUCUUCAGUAGAUGUGUCUACAAUUCUAGCCCUUGCCAACUGCACAUAUCUGGUGAAGGGGCGUAGCAGCGAGAGAAGGGCUUCGGAAUCGGAAUUGUAGCAAAGGCGGGUGAGAUCUCAGCGGUCAACAGGCGGUGUCCAAGACAUGGAUUGAUCGCAUGUCAGACAUGAGUUUGAUACUUGACUGAAUUCAUGGUCUAAACUAUAAACAAUGACAAGAUCUCUACUCCAUAUGAGUACAAGUAGUAUUUGGGUCCAUGCCAUGACGGCUGAAUUUGGGAAAUGGCAGAAGGUCCAGAACCCUAGCCACAACCCGAUUUAUCUAGAUUCGGUAAUAACACUCGGUGAAAUAACCAAUGGUAGAAUUAAAUCAGGUAAAACAGAGCAAGUGAAAGUUAAACAGUCAGGUCCUUCUCGACCGUUGAUCUUCAGUCACUUCGCCUUGGUUGCUGGCUGGUAGCUGUUGGAUGAGCCUGAAUCUUUUUUCCGGAAGAGCUACACCCAACUGAAUAUGAAGGCACUUCUUCAAAGGGAAACGUUUUACGCCGGCUGACCGGCUUAAUUAACUUUGAGCUGGUCGCUCGCACACAUGGCCCUGGGCCCACGUGUGCUGCGCGCUCGCCACAUAAACGCCUCGCGUGUCACUGCUUCCUUCUUAUCCAUUCGUCAUUGACUAGGCCACUACCCCCAUACCUUCCUCUUAUCUCCUCAUCUCCUCCACAAACCAAGGUGCGUCCAUGGCCACCGCUGGACACAGCUACCCACCACCGUUGGAAACAUAUACGCCUCGCGUUUUUCGUUGUGAAUCUGGUGUUGCAGGUGCGGGGGCCGCCGACGACAGUUGGCUGGAGCCGGGGGAGCUUCGAGCUUGAGGCUACCGUGCUGCAAUCGGCGAGAUGCAGGCAACCAGCUGCGCGGCGAGGUGCCGGGUCCUGCAACCGCCAAUGCGUGGAGCUGGGACCGGCACGCGGCCGUGCUGCGACCAGCACAUAGCGGUGCUGGUACCGACGCGGCGUGGUGCUACGACCAGCGCGGCGGCGACGGCCACCGUCGGCCAAAAAGCUACAACCAUCUAUGUCGAUGGAUGCAACCGGUGGUUACCAAUGUUACAACCCCGUCCUCGGCACUGUGGUGACACGCACACCGGCGAUGCUACAACGGCAAGACGAGGUGCUACUACCGGCAAGUUUUUUUGCUGGAUCCGGCUUCGUUUUUUGCUGGAAUCGACUAAUUUUUUUUGCUUCAACAGAUUACUGGACUUUUUGUUGCUUAAAUUUGUUUUGCUGAAAUCGAUGUUAAUUUUUGCUGUAACUGGCUUCGUUUUUUGCUGGAAUCGGCUAAUUUUUUGCUUCAACGUAUUACUUGAUUUUUUUGGUGCUGAAUUUUGUUUCCUGGAACCGAUGUUAUUUUUUUGCUGGAACCGGCUUCGUUUUUGCUUCAACCAUGUAUUGGAGUUUUUGCUACGAGAUUUUGUUUGUGCUAGAGCACGGUGGUGCAAAUCGACGACGGAGGCGAGACGGAGGCGGCAAACAACAGGAGCGGAGUUGCAAUCAAACUUGUUUAUUUUGUCUCCGUCGGCUGAUGUGUAGAAUUGUUGCAAAUCGGCAUCUAGCAGGGGGUGGAUCGGAGCUGGAACCGGCGAGUGUGCGGAGGCGGAGUUGCAUCAGAAAAAGCAGCGACGGGAGAUGGGAUGGUGACUGCCGGCGCGUCGCAGCAAGCUCGGGCGUCGUCUUCGCUGAGACCGCGGGGGAGGAGGUAGCGCUGCGUGGGGGUGAGUUGCUCUUACACGCGUUGGGAUGAGGACAACGCUCUGGGGGACGAAUCCAUGGCGUUUCUGUGGGGGGAUUGUAGCGUUGACUAGUAAGAGAAGGGAAGAGAGCGUGAGAUCUGACGGUCACGUGGUCUCCAAUCGAACGGUCGGCAGCAGACCGGCCGAAAGUUGGGCCGUCAGACCGGCGCCUAGCACUGGCCUUCUUCAAAUAGGUGUAGGCGGUCUGACAUUGUCCCCUUGUUAGAGACGAUGCGUCCUCAUGGAGUUAUUGCAGCCGCACGCCAAUCAUCGGUUGCUUGUUGAAAUAAUUUGGGCAACAUGCACUUGAUGAAUUUAGCA